CACGGUGCAAACGCGAUAAACUCAGACACGCGACUUGGACGCUGCGGUUUUCUCUAGAAAGGCGGCGCGCAAUUGCAAUCGAGGUUUCCAGUGCGUGAAAACGAGCACACAUGGCCAUGAAUAUUCCGACUUACGAUCCCCGAGCCCGGAAAUGGCAUUUCUCCCAUCAACACAGUGGGGGCUUCCGAUUGUUUGCCAUGAGCCCCGAAGAGCAGGUGGUUCGCCGGUCGAUGGUUCUUGAUACUGGCGAGGCAACUCUUAGCAGAAGGAAACGCCGGUGGAAACGAUGUCUGGCGGUUGAUGUCCCAGAAAUGGCACCGGCCAUGGAAUGGAUCGAAGACUACUUCGAGGAAUCGCACCUUCUGGCAGCUAAUUCCAAUGCAAUCGAUACAGCCAUUGGUCACUUGCUUGCUUUUGGUACGGCAGUAGGCCACCGGGACCGCACAAUCAGCGUGGCUGCGUAUGCCCGUGGAGAUACUGGCUCAGAUCUCGUCUUAGCGGAAAUGAAAGUGGAGGCCCGAAACUUCAAAGAAUCCGACGGCGUAGCUCUCUCGGUGCCUCAGCUAGUACAUUCCUCCCAUGGCCCUCAACACAGCUUCCAAUCACCAAUCCGUCAGAUAUGUUUCGCUGGAAACCCCUAUAAGGAGGAUGCGGUAAACCCCUUUCUUGCGGUACGGACAUCUAAACAUACCAAGGUGUUUAAAGUUCUAUAUCAGCAUCCACAAGGGCAUCGAACAGCGGUCCGGCUGGGCUUACAGCCCUUGGUAACUGCGAAUACACUAGGUUCAGAUGGUCAUUCCGACGUUUCGUUCAAUCCGUGGUAUAACCGGCAAUUCAGUACCUCUGACCAGAAGGGAAACUGGGGUGUAUGGGAUAUCGAAGGAGCGUAUGAGCGCUCUCGGAAAGGCUCUGGCCUCACGCUGAAGUGUACUUCAAAUGGCCGCGUGACACGUAAUGACGAUCGUGAAUCAGACGGAUGGGGGCGGAUCACAUGGGGAGGGGAUCUGAAUUCCGUGAUAGUGUGUGAUCGAUACACAGCAAGCCUCUUUGAUAUACGGACCACCGUUUCAUCACCAAGCAUUGUCCUUCCUGUUGACCGUGACAGAAGCUGGAUCCUUGAUAUGCAAAGAAGCCCGACAAAUGGUGGUACUAACGAUGCAUAUAUCCUUACAUCAUCAGAUGUCACAUGGGUGGACAUAAGACAACCAGGACGGGCCCUACUUAGCUGGCCUCAUGGUCGACAUCGUGAUGAUGUCUCAAUGUAUCUAGAGCUACUUCAUUCGGCCGAUGUGACAACUGCCGUCGUUGGCUCGCGCCUGAACUUUUUGACGACAUGCUACCAGUUCUCGCAGGGCACAAGCAUGGAUCAGAGUCCGGCUAUGGUGGGGGAUGCUUUCAUGCUGUCGCCGCCGUUCGAUCAGUCGAAACCAGCCAUCAAUAUGGCUUUCCUCCCUUGUCCACUCCGCACCACGAAGGGUGCCACCGGCCCAGCUGCCGAAUUUGAGGCCAACGAUGUGAACUUUUUUGCAGGGUUCGCAAUCGAUAAGGAGAUGAAGAUAUCACAGCGGUUGUACAGUACCCAGGAGGUUCCAGAUAUCCCGGCAGGCGGUGCUGCCGUGAGCACUGAGUAUAUCGCCGAGUCAGAGGAGGAGGAAGAUGUCGAUAUGGAUUCGGAGGGGGAAAGAGGAUUUGCGGGCAAUCGAGGACCCUCUCUUGGGCCUGGUGGAUCGCAAAGUCACCGCUGGGCAAAUCUCUCCGAGGUUUAUGACUCCAUAUUCAAACAGGGAGAUGAAGCAUUGCGCACCGUACAGGAUGAGGAUUCAGCAAAUUCAGUUGCUGGCUACUGUGCAACACUCGCUGAGCUGUUAGAAACUCGAGUGGAGCGCGGUAAUCUCGGUAUAUCGUCGUUAAUCGAUGUUCGCACCCCGUCUCUACUCUUUGACAAGCUCUCUGAUCUGGAAGCGGGGAUCAACGAGCUACUUAAUUCCCCGAAGAUCAAAGAUCUUUUCGAGACCCAUUCACUUAUUCACGACUCUCUGUCUGGUCCUCUCAUGGCGGGUGGCGACUCUUUUAAGGUCUCAAUCCAGAAUCUAUACGACAAUCUGGUAGGCACCAGAGUUGCACCUCUCCCUGCCAACAUUCCACCCCGCAUCCGGCUGCAUCGCGAGCGUCUAUCUCGCCUCAUAGCAACUGAGCUAUAUCUCGCCAACAUUGGAAUCAGCCUCAAGCCAACACCAGAACAACUCGUGCCUCCACCCUCCCAGGUGCUCGGUUCCCGGGACCUCUCCCAGGUUUCCUCAUCGCCAAUCGACAGUGGCAAAGACGGAGAAGACGAAUAUUUGCUACGCAUCCGCGCAUAUGCCCACGUUCAAACUCGUGUCACGCUCCCAAAAGGCAUAGGCCGCGUGCUAGACGGUUGGAAAGCCGGCGAAGAUCCGGCAGAAUUCGAGUUCUUUGUAGAUCCCGAGAAGGGCGUACCGCGGUAUCGGAAGGAUCGUAGGAAGAUCCGGAAGGAGAAAGAGCGGUUGGGUCAAGGUGGGCGUAGUGCUGCCAGUCAAGGCAAUGAUGGCAUGCUUGAUAUGUUUGGUGAAAGUCAACCUAUGCUUCUGGAUGAUAGGCUAGCGGGGACUCAGGUUCAGAUGAGCCAGGCCCCGGGUAGUCAGAGUCAGAGUCAGGAUCAGAGUCAGGCUGUGAUCAUGAGCCAGAUUGUGCAGGGAAAGCACGCCAGCAGGAAGCAGAAGAAGAGGAAGACCGGAUUUUGAACUGGUCUCGUUGGAUUCUAAUGGGAUGACGUUUAUGACACUAUCCUUUACUAGGCAGUGGCAAUUGGCCACUUUGUUGUCCUGACCAUAUUGUUCUGCUCCCAGGCUGUUUCCCAAUGGCUUUGUAACCUGUAUGUAGCAUGCUUGUGUACCGGCUGCUGGUGAUUGAGGGUUUGAUCAUGAAUUCUGGCCCUCACUCGAUUGUGGACAGUCAAUUCGCUAUGGUAUCUUGGUAAUAGUAAAGUAAUUC